AUGGUCUCCAUGGGGCUCCAGCUGCUGGGCUAUGCCAUAGCCUUCCUGGGCUACAUCGGCACGCUGACGGCCACUCUGCUGCCCAGCUGGAAGACCAGCGCCUACAUUGGCUCCAGCAUCGUGACAGCCGUCAGCUUCACCAGGGGGCUGUGGAUGGAGUGCGCCACGUACAGCACGGGCAUCACCCAGUGCGACAUCUACAGCUCCCUGCUCAACCUGCCCGCCGACAUCCAGGCGGCCUCGCCGGGCAAGGACCUGGUGGCGGUGGCAGGUGGCGCGGUCUUCAUCCUCGGGGGGCUGCUCUGCUUCAUCCCGCUGGUGUGGAACAUCCACGUUGUGCUGCGGGAUUUCCACAACCCCCUCCUCCCCGACAGCACCAAGUUCGAGCUCGGGGAAGCGCUUUACUUGGGCAUCAUCUCCUCCCUCUUCUCCCUUGUUGGUGGCUUCAUCCUCUGCACCUCCUGCCCUGCCCGGGACCCAGCAGCCAACUACACAAGCACCUACCAGCCCCGGCUGCUGGCGGGCAAGAGCCCCCGGCACUCCGUCAGCCAGACACAGAAGACCAAGAGCGAGCUCAAUUCCUACAACCUGACAGGAUAUGUGUAG